AUCAACUAAACAAUGUUUUACAGAUUGUACACCUGGAUGCGUUUGUGUAAAUGGUACAGUUAUUGAUCUAGGUCAAAAUUCGAAAUGUGUUAAACCGGAGUCAUGUACAUGCUACUAUAGUAAUGCAUACUACAAAUCAGGACACAAAGUUUCUAUUGAUUGCAACGAGUGGUACACACAUUAACUUGUAAUUUAAUUUUUGUACAUAACUUUAAUUUUAUUUUCAGCCAAUGUAAAUAUGGUCGAUGGUCAUGUACUAAUCAUUCUUGUCCAAGAACUUGUAGUGUAAUUGGAAAUGGUCAUAUUUCAACAUUCGAUGGAAAACAAUAUUCAUUAUUAAGCACUUGCGAACAUACGUUAGUUGAACAGUCCGAUAACAAACAAUUAACGAAACAUUUGAGGAUAGCUUACAUGAAUCUUGGCAAUAUUGAUAAGAAUCAGCUAACUAUAGAGAUAAAUAAAACAAUAGUGGUAAUCAAAAGCCACACAGUAAUCAUAAACGGAAUAACAAGAUCUACUUUACCAUUUCAAAACGAUGAUUUACUUAUUCGUCAAUUAACAUUGAUAUCAAUUCAAGACCUGUAUGGGACUGUAAUUGUUCAUUUUGAUGGUUUACGAGUAUAUAUUACUUUGCAACCUAGUUUUGUUAAUCAAGUUAGAGGUUUAUGUGGAACUUACAAUUUUAUUACAAAUGAUGAAUUUUUAACUCUGAACGGGUUGACUGAAACAAAUAUUGAGACAUUUGCUAAUGCUUACAAAACCUUCGGUGACUGUUCUGUUCCAGAUCAAAUAAAUCCCUGUUUAAAUUCUCCGGCUAAUGAGUACAGUGCUCGAGACAUAUGUUCUAAGGCUUUGAAAGAUGCUAUAUUUUCUUCAUGUCUGACAGCAGUUGAUCCAACUUUUUUUAUUGAAUCUUGUAUCAAAGAUCUCUGUGUCGAUUUAUCAGCAAAUUAUCAAGACCAAAUUAAGUGUUCUAUGGUAGCUGCAUAUGCUCAUGAAUGUGCAUUAAAAAGCAUCAUUGUCGAUUGGAUGAAUGUAGACAAUUUAGCCUCUUCCUGUCAAAAUAUAAAUUACGGAAAAUGUCCGAGUACAGUUCCAUAUUCCGAGUGUGUACCAAGUUGUAUGAGUUCAUGUAGUGAUAUCUCAUUGCAAACUAUAAGUGUGUGGUGCCGAUGUCCAAAAGAUGAAUAUUUCGAUCAACAAGCAAAAGUGUGUCGUGUCAAACACGAAUGUCCAUGUUACGAUCAAACCACAGAGAAGUAUAUCCUACCGUCGCGCUCUGUACAAACCCCAAUAUCUAAUUGCUCGUGUACUCAUGGAUCUUUAUUGUGCACAAAUCUAUUCAAUGACAAAUGUCCUCCAACGCAAAUAUAUUCUACAGAUAUUAGCACUUGCCCAAAGACAUGUGUUAAUCGUCGAAAUUAUGUUAAUUGUAAUGUAACUAAAUUAGGAUGCGGUUGUCCUAGUGAGUAUAUACUGUCUCAAGAUCAAAUAACAUGUAUUAGGGAGGAACAAUGCCCAUGUGUGUUUGGAUUGACUAAUUAUAUGAAUGGUGAAGUGAUUCUUCAAGGUUGUAAUAACUGCACAUGUCAAGCUGGAGAAUGGAUUUGUCAGAAUACUGACUCAUGUGACAAGACUUGUACUGUAUUUGGUGAUUCUCAUUAUAUAACAUUUGAUGGACUAAAAUAUUCGUAUCCUGGACAAUGUCAGUAUUAUUUGGUUAAAGAACAAACAAAUUUGUUUUCAAUAGUUAUUCAAGAUAUACCGUGCGGAAAAAGUGGCUAUUCUUGCUCAAAAAAUAUCAUUGUGGAUUAUAAAGGUAUUAAUAAGACGCCUAUUGCUUAA